AUGGGAGAUAAUACUUUUUUUAAAAAAUCUCCAAAAUCUACGCCUAUAAUCAACGAUUAUGAAAUAUCUAAUAAUGUUCUUGGUUUAGGAAUUAGUGGAAAAGUUGUAGAAUGUUGUAGCAAAAUUUCAAAAGAAAAAUUUGCACUCAAAGUCCUUCACGAUAAUGUUAAAGCUAGAAGAGAAGUUGAAUUGCAUUGGAAAGCGAGUGGUCAUCGUCACAUAGUUAAUAUUAUUGAUGUUUAUGAAAACACCUACAGUGGGAACAAGUGUUUACUAGUUGUAAUGGAAUGUAUGGAAGGCGGGGAAUUAUUUCAACGAAUACAGGAUAAGCAAGAUGGUGCGUUCACCGAAAGAGAAGCUGCUCAAAUAAUGAGAGAAAUUUGUUCUGCCGUUAAAUAUUUACAUGAUAUGAAUAUAGCUCAUAGAGAUUUAAAACCGGAAAAUUUGUUGUAUUCUCAUAAAAGUUCAUCAGGAAUUUUAAAACUCACAGACUUUGGUUUCGCUAAGGAAACAUUUACAAAAGAUACACUACAAACACCAUGUUAUACACCUUAUUAUGUUGCUCCUGAAGUUUUAGGUCCAGAAAAAUAUGAUAAAAGUUGUGAUAUUUGGUCCCUGGGUGUCAUCAUGUACAUAUUAUUGUGUGGUUUUCCACCAUUUUACAGUAAUCACGGCCUUGCAAUAUCUCCUGGAAUGAAAAAAAGAAUUAGAACCGGUCAAUUCGAUUUUCCAAGUCCAGAAUGGAAGUCUGUUAGUCAAGAUGCUAAAGACCUUAUUAAAAAAAUGCUUACCAUUGAUCCUGUCAAAAGACCAACCAUCGAAGAAAUUAUGAAAAAUAAAUGGAUUGCGCAAUAUACAGAAGUACCUCAAACUCCAUUACAUACAAACAGAAUGCUUAAAGAAGGUGAGGAUCACUGGCCUGAAGUACAAGAAGAAAUGACUCGAUCUUUGGCGACAAUGAGAGUUGAUUAUGAUCAAAUACACAUUAAAAAUUUAGACAAUAGCAAUAAUCAACUUUUAAUAAAAAGAAGGAAAAAAACGGAAGCUGCCAAAGCACAGUAA